CGGAAGUGACCCCCCACGACCGGAAGUCCUGUUCCGAGAGGAGGCCGAGGACAGCGGAGAGGCCGAGGUGGGCGCUGGGUGGCGGUAGACAUUUCCCAUGGAUGAGCUGGUGCAUGACUUGGCCUCGGCCUUGGAGCAAACCUCAGAACAAAACAAGCUGGAUGAGCUGUGGGAAGAGAUGGCCCUGAGCCCACGGCAGCAGCGACGGCAGCUUCGCAAGAGAAGGGGUCGUAAGCGGCGCUCAGACUUCACGCACCAGACAGAGCAUGCCUGCUGCUACAGUGAGGCUUCGGAAUCAAGCUUGGAUGAAGCCAUGAAGGACUGUCGUGAGGUGUUGACUGCCAACUUCAGUGACUCAGAUGACAUGGCUGUGGCCAAACGCCACCCAGCUCUGAGUGCCACUCUAAAGAGCAAGCAGCAUUCUUGGCAUGAGUCAGACUCCUUCACAGAAAAUGGACCCUGCCGACCCCUCAGGCGCCGCCGGAAGGUGAAACGUGUGACCUCAGAGGUAGCUGCUAGCCUCCAGCAGAAACUCAAGGUGUCAGAGUGGAACUAUGAGAGGGGCUAUAGGUUCAAGUCAGCCAAGAAGCAGCGUCUGUCACGUUGGAAGGAGAAUGCCCCUUGGACUUCAUCCAGCCAUGGCCUGUGUGAGACAGCAGAGAACAGGCCCUUCCUCAGUAAAGGUGGGAGGAAGGAGAGGAUGGAGUGUGAAGCGGAUGAACAAAAACAGGGUUCUGAUGAAAACAUGUCUGAAUGUGAAACCAGCAGUGUAUGCAGCAGCAGUGACACUGGCCUCUUCACCAAUGACGAAGGCCGUCAAGGGGAUGAUGAGCAGAGUGAUUGGUUCUAUGAGGGAGAAUGUGUCCCAGGAUUCACCGUCCCCAACCUACUGCACAAGUGGGGAGCUGAUCACCGGUCUGAGGUGGAGCGAAUGGACUCUGGCCUGGAAAAACUCUCUGACUCUACGUUCCUAUUGCCCUCCCGGCCUGCUCAGAGGGGGUUUCAUGCUCGUCUGAAUCGCCUUCCAGGAGCUGCUGCCCGCUGUCUCAGAAAAGGACGUAGGAGACUCAUUGGCAAGGAAACCAGCUUGAGCACUCUGGGCAGUGAGAGGAUGGGUCACAUCGUUAGUGACCCACGUCAAAAAGAAAAGAACAAAGUGCUGGCUUCUGAUUUCCACCACACUGUGGCCUGUGCACAUGAGUUCAAUCCAUUAUCUCCUUUGUACUCUCUGGAUGUUCUUGCUGAUGCCUCCCACAGACGAUGCUCACCGGCACACUGCACUGCCAGACAGACAAAUAUACACGUGGGACCGCCCUGCUCAAGGGAUAUCAAGAGGAAACGAAAGCCAGCAGCAGCUGCAGCCUCUCUUUCCAGUCCUACUUCAGGAGAUCUCUGGACCCUUUGCCGCAAGAGCCUAAUUCUUGCUAAGCAGCUUUACCUGUCCACAUGGAUGCAGCAGACUCAUCCCUGCCAGCAACACGGUCCCAGAGCUCUGACUGGACGGGCAGAACCCAGGCAGCAGAGAAAUCCACUGCUGCUUCCCCAGCUAACUUCUUUAAAACACCACAAGAGAAGGGCUCUGGAUACAGCUAGAUGGAGGUGUCUCUACUCGGAGCUGUUUGCAUUUAUGAAAUGUUGGACUUCGAAGUACAUCAGCACUGAAUGUCUCAUUUGGCAAUAACCAUCUCAUCAGUGUGUGUGCGUGAUGCUCACCGUCCUCCAGACUGAGCUGUGUGCCUCUCACAUCCCCAGAUCAUGUUUGUGAAUCUGUGUAAAAAGUAACUGGUGAUGUUGGGGCUGCAGCUUUUUUAAAGCAUUCCUGCUAUUGCUACGAGUACUUAUUAUGCACUCAUCUCCUGUCCCAGCACCUGUUAUCAUCUGCUGGGAUGUGUACAGAGCCUUGUGGGUUUGCAGGUGUUGGUCUUUGUUAUGAAGCUGGUCACCACUUGGGCAUAUUGUUUGUUGCAAAGGGUUGAAUAUAACAGAAGAAAGUCCUACUGUGGCUCUGCAGAGGCAAGAAUCUGUCUUUGGCAAGCAUAAGGACAGAAACAAAGGUCAGCUUAGAAUCCCUGGUCAGGGGAGGAGGAGGGGAACAGCGAGUGCAAACUAGGUUUGAAAUGUGGAACUUGAAUUCUGUAUUAGCAAAACGCCUAUAGGUCUCACUAAGGGACUUGGCAGCCAAGUUGUUGUUUCUAAUUAAACAAAUGUGGUGCUUGUCCUGUCAGGAAUUGCCAGUGGCUCGCUAUCAGCAUGGUCCUUCAGCGCUUUUUGUCCUUCCUGGUUUGAAGUCUCUUUAGUCUUGCCUUGUGAAUUGCAGUAUUCUUUCCUUAUUCCUCAUCCUCUCCAUUUGUCCUGCUGGACAAGGGGUUGGCAGAACUAGUUAGACAAAAAUAUGCAGACUGGAGUUAUGAGAGGAAGCUUGGAUCAAGUUGCCCUAAAACAGGGGUAGACAACCUAUGGGACGUGUGCCGAAGGCGGCACGUGAGCUGAUUUUCAGUGGCACUCCCACUGCC